AUGCCCAAAAAAAGUAAAAUUACUAUUGAAAAUCGAGUGAAAAUUGCACUUUUACACGAACAAGGGCGAUCCCAGAAAGAAAUCGCCAAGUUGGUGAAAUGUUCGCGUUGCGCUGUACAGUCUGCCAUCAAAUGGUUUGCCGAGACCGGUACCCACGACGAGAAACCACGAGCAGGCCGAAAACGUGUGACAACGGAUCGCGAAGAUAGAAAAUUGGUUCGAGAGUCACUGAAAAAUAGGAAGAAAACUUCAUCCGCGCUUGCUGCUGCUUUGUCAGAUGAAGCUGGAAAGUCAAAAAGUUCGCGAACCGACAGAAGAAGACUCGGCGAAGCAGGCCUAAAAGGUUGCAAAGCCAGGAAGAAGCCUAGGCUGUAUUGUUUUUUCCUCAACCAGGUUUUUGGGACACCGGGUGUGACCUUUGUGAGGCGACGUAUGGGCGCAGAAUACCAUGCAGAUUGCGUUGUACAUACUGGCAAGCACGGCAGAGGUAGUAUUAUGAUCUGGGGCUGCAUGGCUGCCGAUGGCGUUGGUGAAAUGUUUGUUUGUGAAGGUCGUAUGAACAGUGAAAAAUGUUUGGCAAACCCAAGAGCACGGUAUGAAGUUCCUACGGUGUUACGGUACGUAGGAACUCUAUACCUCGCUAGUGGCAGUCACCAGGAUAUGUUCGUCUUCUGGAAUCUUCUAGCACCAUAUGAAGGCUUCGAUAAUGGUUUUAAUGGUUUAGUUUGGUUAUGA